AUGAUGAUGGACUGCCUCAGAUCUAAAUGCGGAUACCCACCUUUCAGUGCCGUCUAUAUGCUCGACAUGGAGACCGGUGAGGUUAAGCUGUGGCCCCUGGGCAACCGCACAUUCGCCCAGGAACCGUGCUUCUGCCCGCGUGACCCCGAGGCGCCGGAGGCGGACGGCUACCUGAUAUUUCUCGUCUGCGACUUCGAGGACAUGGUCGGUAAGCUUGUGAUACUGGACACGAAGAACAUGCAGGAGCCAGAGGCUGUUAUCAGAUUGCCAUUUGCUGCAAGAUAUGGGGUCCACGGGUGGUGGGUUGACGACUCGGACAUCGACAUGCACGUUAUGCCACUCAAGACACAUGGCCCAAAGUAA